ACCUGCCUAUCGCCAGCCAUGUAUACAAGACAGACCAUCACGAAAUAAGCUGAUUUUUGCAGCUGCAGCACAGACAGAUCACCAACAUACAUUAUAAUCACCACAACUCGCUAAAAGAAGCUCGUGGGUUGGCUUUGUUACUGACGAUUUAUAACCGUAAUGGCUUCUUCUCCAGCUUCUUGCUCAGCUCUAAUCAAGCCUGCUUCUCUCAAGCUGAUGAUUAGUCCUCGUCAAGCCUUUCAAGUUAAAGCCCUAAGCUUUAGAGAUGAAGGGAGCUUGAGUGAAGCGAAUUUGAGGGUUCUGAGAGAGAGGAUACAGGAAAUUAAGAUGAAGGAAAGACUUGAGAGGUGUUGUAGAUGUGAAGUUGGAUGGAAUUGUUCAUCUGGAUAUAAUUACAAGCUGAAGAAACAAGUGGGUUUAGGUCAGUUGUUUGAGAUUGUAAGAUUGGUUUGUACAACUGUUGGUUUCACCUGUGUUACUGGUUCUUUGAUCCUUGUUAUUGUUUCUCUCAUAGUUCACUUGAAUCCAUCAUCAUGAUUAUUUUUACAGAUUAAUCCAAUUGUAAAGAUUAGCAUAUA